GCAAAAAAACACAAUAGAAGAAGAACGAAAACAGGAAGAGCUUCUGGAAACAAACGCUUCUCAGUGGCCAUGAAGAUAACCGGAGAAAGCAACUCUGGAAGCCCCGAUAUAACAAUGGACGACGUGAAAAUCCUCAUAAAAAGGAAAGACGAAAUCGAAGAACAGAUAAAAGCGUAUUACGACGUCUUAGAAGAUCAGGGUGUUGGGGUUGAAGGCCCUCUGGUUGACGCCGAGGGUUACCCACGAUCAGAUGUGAAUCUGAUCCAGAUCAGGACAGCGAGGCACAACAUUUCAUGCCUGCAAAAUGAUCACAAGGCCAUCAUGACGGAGAUCGAAGAAGCCCUGCACAAGCUGCACGCUCGAGAGAAAGCCAAGCGACAGCAGGACGAGACCGAAGCCCAGGAGGAGGCCAUGGACCUGCAGGUCACCUUGCCCCGGCCCUUUGCGCGAGUGGACGCCGUGACGGAGGGCUCGCCUGCCUCUGGGGCUGGGCUCAGAGUUGGGGAUGAAGUCAUCGACUUUGGAUCCGUGAACACAGAGAACUUCCAGAACCUCCAGAAUAUUGCAGCUGUGGUGCAACACAGUGAAGGAAAACCAUUGCGCAUCUCAGUGAUCAGAGAGGGUCAGAAAGUUCAGAUGAGCCUGACUCCACAGAGAUGGUCAGGUCGAGGCCUGCUGGGAUGCAACAUUGUUCCUGUCCAGCGUUAGAUCACAGGACUGUGCAGGAUUACAAUUUUGGAUCCCCUUUCUCCAUUUAACUUUGAGUGAUUUCCCAGUGAUUUUUUUUACAUAUUUAAAAGCUAUUUUCAUUUUUGAGUGUCUUAUAAAAAGCUUGAAACAUUUUCUUGAUAUGAGCAGUCAAGAAUGGAAUAUUUGAAAAUAAAGGAUAAGAGCUUUUCUUAAAAAGAUGUCAUGCUUAAUACACAAGAGUUGAAUAAAGAGAACUAUUCUUUAGUCUCCUAUUGAAGGAAUGUUUUUCUGGAGGGUUUUCCUCAAGCUGACAUGCGCUCAGCAGACACCACAGAAAUGCACUUCCCACUAAAACCUCAAUCCAUCCAUUAUCGUUACCGCUUAUUCCCUAAUGGG